CAUGUAAUUUAAUUCCAACUUCUGUCAAACACACACUACUCAACAUUACCAAAAAUCUCUCGAACACAUGGGUGACGUAGCUUUCAAGAUUUUCCUCCUCCUCGUCUCCCUCCCCCUCGUCACUCUCACCAUCGUGGGAAACCUGCUCGUCAUUUUGGGCUACAUUUUCCACACCCCCCUCCGCACCCCGUCCAACGCCUACCUCGUCUCCCUCGCGUCCGCCGACCUGCUCACCGGCCUGCUCGCCUUUCCCCCCACGAUUCACUACUCCUACGUCCAAAUGUGGAUCUGGGGGCUGCCCACCUGUCGCUUCUGGCUCGUCCUGUGUUUCGCCAUGUAUUCCAUAACAGCCUUCCACCUCGUCGCCAUUGCCAUCGACCGGUAUCGCACCGUGACCGAGGGAAUCACCUACAUUCAGCGGAAGUCGAUGCGGUCAGUGAGGGAGAAGUUGGUGCUGAUUUGGACCAUCGGUUUGUGGGUGACCAUUCCAGUGAUUCUCGAUUGGGAACACAUCUCCAAAGACCCCACGGCAGAGAAGCACUGCGUCUCUAGGAAGAUUCCAUACUGGGUGGCGCAUUAUUGUGGGGCCUCGUUCUGGUUUCCGGCUAUUUUUAUGGGAAGGAUUUACUACCAAGUGUACACGGAGAUUAAAGGAAAGUUGAGAAAUAAAAGGGACACGUUGGCAGGGAAGGAAUUUUCCGGUGUGACAGAGUCCUCUUCAGAUGGUGCGAUCGGAAAUCCGAAAUUGGGCCAGUUUUCUGUAUCAACUUCUUUCGAAAAUGGACAUCAGACUAACCCUAUUGCUGACACGGGGAAGGCAAACUUGAUCGCUCGAGAGAGGCGAACUGCUCAAACCGUGGUCAUAAUUUCUGGAGCGUUCAUAUUUUGUUGGCUACCAUGGAAUGCACUUUCUCUUUAUGACGUCUUGUCAUUCGGUGGGGUCAAACCGUCCCCGUAUUUGUACAUGUUUUCGGCUAUUUUCGGCCUGGCUAAUUCAUGCAUUAAUCCAAUCGUGUAUGCAGCAAGGAUGCCAGAAUUUAGGACAGUAUUUAAGAAAAUGUUGAGAAUAAAGUAAAUAAGAAUUGAAUGCCCGAGCUGUGAUUAAUAAACGUAAUGCAACGUAAAAUCGUG